UCCCGGGGCUGCAUCCCCGGUCUGAGCCGGUACCCCUGGGCUGCCCCCGCAUCCCCGGGCUCGCCCUGUCUCCCGUUCGGACCCGGAGGUGCGAUCGGGGGGGUUCCCGAGCUCCCCCCAGCCGCGGGGGUCCCUGCUCAGCCCCCACUUUGGCAGGAUGCCUACGUGGAGUACCUGAAGAGCAUCACCCUCAUCGCCCAGGCCCUGCAGGAGGAGGCGGCAGGGACAGAGAACAGCGAGGGGGUCACCCCUGACACCCCCAAACUGCUGAAGCUGGCAGAGCAGUGCCUGGAGAGGGUCAAAUCCAUCGCAGCGGCGCUGGGGAAAGCCCAGGUGAAACCGGCUGCACAGGAGCGGGGCGGGGGCGCUGCGCCCCUCCCCAGGCACCGCCGGGUCUGCUCGGACGAGGGGGGGAAGCUCUCGCCAUUCCUGCCCCCGGAGAUCUUCCAGAAGCUGCAGAUCGCUGAGGCACAGAGCGCACGGAAGGAGCUGACCCCGCUGGAGGAGGCCUCCCUGCAGAACCAGAAGCUGAAGGCAGCGUACGAGGCGCGGGUGGCGCGGCUGAACCCAAGCCAGGCCGUGCAGAAAACAUCCCUGACGCUGUCCCUGCAGCGGCAGAUGAUGGAGAACCUGGUGAUCGCCAAGGCCCGAGAGGAGACUCUGCAGCGCAAGAUGGAGGAGCGGCGGCUGCGGCUGCAGGAGGCGGCCAACCGGAGGUUCUCCAGCAGCGUGGCACUCACCCCUGAGGAGCAGGAGCAGCGAGCACUCUACGCUGCCAUCCUCGAAUAUGAGCAGGACCAUGACUGGCCAAGGCAGUGGAAGACGCAGCUGAAGCGGAGCCCGGCG